ACUUGUUGAACAUGCUGUGCUGGGAAUUGUAUCCUCGCCUUCAGAGCUAAGUCAGGCCAAUUCUUCUAAAUGCUGCAGUCUCCAGGCUCCACUGAGUGGCGGUAAUGUAUCUCAACAGCAGAUGUAGUCGUCGUCGCAGUAGUAGAAGAAGAAUUAGCGGAUGUUGGAAAUGCAGCUGAUGUGUAUUCAUGGAAACUUUGUUGACAGAUCAGUGCCGGGAAUGAUGCGUGUGAUCUUACUAAACCUGCUUUAUUUCACUAAGUUAAUGCACGCGAACGCCUCCGACACUGGAGAGGACAGAUAGCUGCGGAUUUGCUGUCACUUAACGUCAGGGAAAUGUCAAAAAAGUCAAAGAGAAAGCACAAGAGGUCAUCUUCAUCCUCUAGUGAAGAAGACAAGAAGGCAUCUAAAAGAAAAGAAGUCACCAAGAGUUGCAGAAGCGAAAAGAGGAAGCACGAGAGCCAUGCAGCGAAACAGGAAAAGUCUGGUUCUUCUAGAACUAAACAUGGUUCCCAAAGCACCCGCCACAUUAAAAAGACAGUCUACAAACAGGAAAAAAAAGAAGCAACACACCAGAAGCCUUUUAAAAAGGCAGAAGAUUCCACUAAAACAAAGCAUUUGCAAUCCCACUGGGAUCGCUCAGAAAAACCGAAGAGUUCUAUUUCAGGGAGAGAUAAAACUGUCAGUGGGAGUAAGACUGCGGAAGAAAGACCUUCAAAACGUUUGAGCACUGACAUUCAAGGUGCAGUUCCUAAGAAAACGGCAAAGAUAUCUAAGGACUGCAUAGAUGAAAAGUCUUCCUGGAGGAGCCCAUCAAAAUUAAAAGAGCUAUCAAGCCCCGGUUUGGUUUCUGUUGAACAGAAAGAGCACAGGCAUUAUGUACAAAAGAAGACAGGCAGAGCUGAGGCACAACCAAGGCCUGGAAAUGACAGUAGUACUCUUAUGAUCCGGGAAUCAAGCAGGAUUGGGCAACCAAGCAAGACUGGGGAACCAGGCCAAAUUGGGCAACCAAGCAAGAUCGUGCAACCAAGUAAGACCAGAGAAUCAAGCGAGACUGGGCAACCAAGCAAGACCGGGGAACCAGGCAAAAUCAGGCAACCAAGCAAGAUCGUGCAACCAAGUAAGACCAGAGAAUCAAGCAAGAUUGGGGAACCAAGCGAGAUUGGGGAACCAAGCGAGACUGGGCAACCAAGCGAGACUGGGCAACCAAGCGAGACUGGGCAACCAAGCAAGACCGGGGAACCAAGCAAGAUUGGGGAACCAAGCAAGACUGGACAACCAAGCAAGACGUCCUCUGUCAUCAAAGAUUAUUUAGUGCAGAAGAGAAUUGAGCUGGUCAAAAAGUUUUGUGAAAGACAACAAGAGAAUGAUACUAAUAAAAAAAACAUUUUGCUUACAGAAGCAAAAUCUUCUGUGUCUCCCAGAAAACUCUCUUCCAUUUCAGCCAAACAGGAGAGGAGCUCAAAGCUGUGGAAGAAUGUUCCUUUGAUUCCAAGGAGUGUCAUGUCAUUUUCACAUAAGACAGCUGGCUCAUCAUCUGCUCAGGAGCAAAAAGGUUCUUCACCUCUGCUUUUUAGUUUUAAAAUACCAAAAAAAGUUAAACUAAAGCCAGUUGCUAGCGACAGCCAUGAUGCUGUUUCUGCAAACAAAAAUUUCAAACACAGAACUGAGAUCUCUGACCCAGGGGCCAUAAUAAAGAAUUCUAUGCAGAGUUUUUCAUCUAAAAUACAAGAUAAGAGUUUCACCUUUUCUAACCAAUUCCCAACUGUGUCCGAUGCCAAGAAUUCUAAGCAGGAAACAGUCCAACAACAUCACAGCUCUUUGGAUGCUAGUCAGAGGUUUUCAUCUAAAACACCAGAUACAAGUUCAUCCUUGUCGAACCAAUUCCCAGGUGCCUACGAUGCCAAUAAAUCCAAGCAGGAAUCAAUCCAACAACAUCACAGCUCUUCGGAUGUCAGCAUGGGGUUUUCAUCUGAAGGACAAAACAAGAGUUUAUCCUUGUCUGAUCAAUUCCCAACUGUCUGCAAUGCCACCUCUGAGCCAUGGUGUGACCAGACACAAGUGGUUGAGGAGCUGCAUCUUGCCCGCACUGAGAGGAAAUUGGAGGUCGAUGUUUUGCAGAGCUAUGGAGAACUGACCUGUAUGGAGAUAGACCCUCCAGAAGAGGGAGCAACUGAUGCUUACUGUAAACAACCCCCUCAGCAAGACCUUAUCAUCAUUCUGGACACAAACAUUCUCCUGAGUCACCUGGAUUAUGUGAAAAAGAUCAGGUCUCAAGGACUUGGAGCGUUGGGUUUUCCUGUCCUCCUGAUCCCCUGGGUGGUGCUUCAGGAGCUGGAUUCCUUAAAAAGAGGGAAAGACCUGUCUGGCUCUGUGGCUCACCUGGCCAUUCCCGCCAUCUCGUACAUUUACAACACUUUGAAGAGCCGGGAACCGCACCUGUGGGGGCAGUCAAUGCAGCAGGCCUCAGAGUGCAGCAAUGGUCUCAGUGCUGAGAAUAAUGAUGACAGAGUGCUGCACUGCUGCCUGCAGUAUCAGAGUCUGCAUCCAGGGUGUGCUGUCAUCCUUUGCACUAAUGAUAAGAAUCUAUGCAGUAAAGCCUUGCUGAGUGGGGUGAAGGCAUUCAGCAAGAAUGACUUGGAGGCCGAGGUUGGGAGAGCCAGACUCGGACUUCACUCGCUGCAAAACAUUGAGACUCCCAUGCUGCCUCGUCCAAACCCUCAGAUCUCAUCACCUGUGCUGAGAAGGAGUUGCACCGCAGCCCAACCACACACUCGAGAGAGAGCAGACCUUUCUGUGGGAGUAGUAACAAAACACGAGCAGCAGCAGCAGCAGCAGCAGCAGCUCGGUGGAAGAGAAGAGGAAGUAAAAUGGGACCUCAGCAGAUGUAUUUCUGAACUAGAGGAAAGCCUGCGGGAGGUGCUGUCAGAUGUAGUAGAGGUGGAGAUGAAGGCCGCUUAUGAAGACCUCUGGUUGGAGAUAGUUUGUCUAAAACCACCCUGGACUCUUCAAGAUGUCCUUCAGUGUUUGAAAAAGCACUGGAUUGCCAUAUUUGGGCACAUUGUCCCACGAAAAAAGCUGCAAACAGUUUUAAAUCUCAUCGAAUUUUUCAACUCAGGUAAAACAUUAGACUGUGACGCUACCUUAGCAGCCCUUCGAGAAGCUAAGGAGCUUGUGACAGCAUUUGGGAAAAGUUCAAGCCGUGUGGCCAGUGCCGUUUCCACGAUGGACAACAUUUUUCGUGAUUUACAACCUCAGGGGGAAUCUCAACAUGCCUGUGAUGUUGUCAUGAAUGAUGAUGAUGAGGAAGACAGACAGCCCAUGUGUUCUCAGGUCUCUCAUCAGGAAGUGUGGGCCCUGUUUGAGAACAUCUGGUGUCACGUGUAUCAGUUAAGCUUGGAAGUGUUCAAAGCGCUGGGCUUUGACUGUAACACCAUGCAGAGUGCUCAGCCAGCGGGAUGCCCUCAGCCGCCCCAGGAUGCCUUGGCUUGUUUGCACAAACUGUCCUCCAUGGUCUCACAGCUGCUUCAAGCUUUCAGCAGUGUCCUGUCCUCUGCCCCUAGUUUGGAGGAAGUCCAGACACUGCUCAGUAUUAUCACCUCUAAUAAGAUCGUGAAUGUGGAUUUCACUUUGACAGCCAAAGACCUGCUUGACUGUUUCUCACAACAGGAAUACAGGGAGAAGCUGAGAGUUGGCGGGACGCAGCUGCUGCGGUUAAAGGAGGCUCUGGAUCGCUGUGUUGAGUUCUCAGGUCAGAUCAUCACCUUCACCGCUCAGCACGAGUGGAACAGUGUCGGGACAUUUGCACAUCAACCAAACAGAAGCCUUGAAUAAACCAAUACUGUUUCCUCCGACGACAACGUUUUAGUUAAAGCGAGGUUUUUUUCAGUUUUAAUCUUUCAGUUUUGUUGUGACGGAGCUGAUGAUGAUGUUCUGUUCGCCUGUAGAAGGUCAAUCAUUUUGUUAAGCAGAGCUCGUAUGUUUUCAACAUUGUUUCAUGUCCAUUCAGGUAUUCUUCUUUUGGUUUUCAUAUCUGACAUCAUAUCUUGAUGUCAGUAAGUCAGUGGUUUCAUAUAUAUAUAUGUAUAUAUAUUUUCCAGGUGUGAGCAAGUUCCGUAUUUAAGAACAUUAAAUUAUUAUUUUACUGACUAAUCAUGUCAAAGAACUGGUUUUCAUUAUUAUUGUUUAUAUUUGCUUCCUAAUUAUUAUUUAAAGGAUUUUUUUGGACCACAUGAACGCCUUAAAGCUUAGGCACUCCUACUCCUAGUCAGCGUUUAAUAUUCAAAUAUAUGAAUAUACAGUGCUUAACAAAUGUAUUAGACCAUGUGACAUUAAAACUAAAAAUUGUUAUUGUUAUGUAUUUUGCAAAAAACAAACUGAAUUCACCGUUUUAUACCCACAUUUGAGGCGACUCACUGAUCAACUUCAGAAAUGAAUCAAGCAUUAAUAUUCAACCACUAAAACUAAGUUUUCUGUUCAGGAAUGCAAGUAAAUAACUAUAAUUUAACAUUUUAAUCAAGAAAUGAUAAUGUGCUUUACUAUAUUUUUCCGUUUUUUGGUAAAACAGUACAUUUUAAAAUACAUGGAUAAUAUUUUAGCAUUAAAAAUAUCAUUUUGGUUAAAGAGCUUCUACAUAUUGGUGUAUUAAUCAUAAAAUAUGAUUUUGAUAAUUGCUGUUAAUUUAGUUCAGCGGUGGUCUAAUACAUUUGUUAAGCACUGUACAAUAUUUUAAACCCACACUGACAUUGUUAUACAGUCAUUGCAUGGGGAACUGUGUUUUCCAGAUUAUUUCUAGAUUAUUCCUUCAUAUCUGCUGUAACCUCUCUCUCUAGAUAAAGGAGAGCACACACAGUCACGCUAACAAAACAGAAAACAAACAUUUGAUUGUGCAGUGUCACAGUCACAGUGACAGACAGACAGGCGGGGCGGGCGGAGGCGGGCACUGGCUUAUUUGCAUAUUUACUGGUGCAUGAAAAAAGAAAAGCGGCUAGGUUGUGUCGUCCAAACACGUUUGAAGGCCAUUUCUGUAAGAAAUAUGUUUCUUUCAGCAGCAGAGAUGAAUUAAUGAAGGGAUUUCUUCUGUCCAGCUAACGUAGCCUCAACACAGCAGCCAUUCUGACGUUUCAGCCGGAAAAGCACAGGUGUGACUGAUCACGCUAACGACCGCGCUGUUCUGUUCAACCUUCAUUUGAUUAAUUACACCUGUGAUAACCUGUCAACGUGGAAAGAGAUAAUUAGCUACAACACUGCAAAACCAAUACCUUGAAAAACAACAUAUAACCACUAUUAGGGGGAAAGGACUUUUUAAGCUAUAUUAUCUGCAAGUUUUCUUAAAACAAGAAAAAAAAUACCUUGAAACAAGUUAAAUUAUCUUAAAUAUCUUAAGCCUUAAUAAGUAAAUAAGGCCAAAAAAUGGUGUGAUUAGAUAAAUACACUGAAUUCAAGUCAAUUACACUAGUACUUAUUUAAUUUUUUUGCCGUGAAAUCACAUCCAUCGCUCUGAACGUGUUUUAUUGUUAUUUAAUUCAUAUAAAACCAACAGAACCUGCGAGGAGCUGCAACAAAAAACACUGCUGCUGUUGUGUUUAGUGUUCCUUAUAGGAAAUGAAGUAUUAAUAGUGAGGCUAAUUUGCCAAUAGCAAUGUCGAAGUAAAAUUGUUUUCAUGCACAAAAUCUAUUUUUAUUUCUCGAUUUAUAUGUUUACGACAAGACAUUAAAUAUUUUCAAAGAA